AUGGACUCCAGAAAGAGGUUGUGGCGGGAUUCUGAGGGCAAUAUCGUGUCGAAAAGGCCGACUUCUCUCACUCACCAGAAUGUCCUAUCAAGUAAGGAGGAUGACAUUCGCUCGGGGCCAGAUUUGUCGAACCAGGUCCUAUCAAACACAAACACUGGGGGGUUUCAGCCCCAGCAGCAAUUAUCACCACCUAGGUCAUUGACAAGUUCGGAACCGGGUGAACUAUCUCACCAGCAGAAUCAUAUGCCAAAUGGAGAAGAAGCAGGUAAUGGCAUCGCCAGCUCAAUGUCCAACCAUGAUACGCUCGAUUUUUUGGCAAAUUCAACAUGGUACUCGCAACCUUUUGAUUAUUCCAUGGCACCGCAGAUCGAUGCUCCGGAUGACGAUAUGUUCAAUCCGGAUACUGCAAGUUCCUUCAACAUGCCGUUCACGACAAUGAACAACUACAACUGGCUGUUUGAUAGAGAUCAGCCUUUCAUAAUACCAGCCGAGGCUGGACAACAGCAUUAUGGUCACAAUCCUUCCGAACUGCCUCACAGCCACAAUCGAAUCUCAACUCCAAAAUUUUAUGCAGCUAGUGGGAGUACCAGUCUAGACAACAGUCAAUUUAGACAGUCGAUGGCUUCAGAGAUGUGGCCACAACCUUCAGACUCACAACCGAUACAGGGCUAUCAUAGGCCGGCGGGGGGGAGGUCCACAGCAUCCGCUUCGUCUGUUCCACCGGAUGAUGAGAGCCCGUCUCUCCCAAGCAUUACGGGAUUGCCCUCUACAGCGAUCUCGCAGACAUCACUAUCUGACCACUCAUCCACCUAUCAAGGGGAAGGUCGACCACGUAGGUCGAAAACUCCCGUCUUGACUUUGCAUCCUCAAAACUUUCGACCAACCUCGAGUGCUCGAAAAUUGCCAGUUCUGGAUGAGUAUUCUCGCAAUAGGAUCCUGCAACAGCUGGCUCGAUUCGGGCCUGGGACUCCUCUGGCUUCCUUGUCCCCUUCCGAAAGCCCUUUACUCUCGCUUCAAGCAAUGCAACGUUACAGUGAUCUAUUCUUUACCCGAUUCAACACAUGCUACCCUCUCAUUCAUCAAGCUACUUUUGAUCCUAACGGAGUCGAUCCACUGUUUCUCCUGUCCGUCUUACUUCUUGGGGCUACUUAUGCCGAGAAAGACGCUCAUGGACUCGCCGUCUGCAUUCAUGAAGCUAUGAGACCGCAGAUUUUCCAACAUCCGGAUUUCACACCACAGCCAGAGUUAUGGAUUCUUCAAACAAUACUUCUUGUGGAGUGCUUUGGAAAAUCAAGAGCGGGGCAGAGACAGCAUAAUAUGGCUCACUUGUUCCAUGGCUUACUUGUCAACCUGAUAAGAAGAAGCGGCUGUCAAACUGUUCGUGAACCGGAUAUUGGAGAUGACGCAGACGAUCUGCAGUGCCGAUGGCGGAAAGCCAUGGACAUUGAGCAACGGAAAAGACUUGCAUUUCUUUGCUUUUUGUGGGAUACUCAGCACGCCGUACUCUUCUCUCAGUCGCUAUGCAUAUCAGCUUUCGAACUGCGCACGUUUCUUCCAUGCAGUCCUCAGUCAUGGGAAGCUGAUACUGCUGAGAAUUGGUUUGGUCAUGCAGUCAAGGAAACUCGCAUCCCUUUCCUAUCAGUUCUCAAGACCUACAUGAACCCCAACGCCAAUCCCGCUCCUCCACAGCUUAACGCAUUGUCUCGACUCCUGGUGCUCCACGGCUUGAUGUCCAUUCAAUGGGAUUUGAAGAGAAGAGACCAGACUUCGCUGGGCAUCGCAAUUCCCAUGGUAAAUGAAAGUCAAUCUUGGCAAAUGCUGCUCGCACAGGCGUACGAUUCAUGGAAGGCCGACUUUGACACCUACUGCAUGAACAUGACCUUGUCUCUGAUGGACCAGGCGCAGCUCAAAAACGAAUUCAUUCGUUUCAGCACCGCAACCAACGCCAUCUACCACGCCGCGCAUAUCAUCCUGCACGUCGAGAUUCUCGAUCUCCAGAUCUACGCCGGAGCCCAACAUAUCAUCGGCCGUCCCGUUACGCCCGCUGACUACGCCCGCUCGCGCCGUGUCGUGAAGCAGUGGGCCAAACCCGGCAUCGCCAUGCCAGCCACCAAGGCAGCCUGGCACGCGGCCCAACUCCUUCGCGCUGGCAUCAUGAAUCUCGACAACUGGGACGUCGACAAUGCUUUCCACUACCCAUGGUGCCUGUACCUAGCCACACUGACGUGCUGGGCAUUCCAUUUCGCAGGCACCGACGAACAGCCAGAGCCUCCCCAGCUGCUGACCCCAGGCUCCAACCGCGUUGCCCAGCAUUCGACCGGCCCACUGGACGCUGGCGCCAUACACAUGCAUGGACAUGGGCCAGACAUUUUCUGUGAUGAAAAAGCCGACAUGACAGCUAUGGUCAGUGGAAUGACCAACAUCAGCUCAGAGGAUCUGUGGCGUGUGGCCGGCAAAUACUCUACUUCUGGCCUCACCGCCGUCAUGGCCCGACACCUGGGCAAUAUUCGCUGGGCUGUGGUCCAUGAAGGAAUGAAGGUUUUGAAAGGAAUUACGGAACGAUCAAAAUAA